CUCCACAGGUCAUUUCAAUGCGAAGUGGUCCUUUCUAGUAUUUGAAAAAGGCAACUCUAGGUUAACAAAAAUGAGUGAUAGUGAAACAAUCAUUCAAUAAUAGUAAAGAAAGUACUUGAAGAGGGGAAAAACAAAACAAUCGUACUACUAAACUAUUUUGGACAAUUUUAGAUCACCAUGCGAAUAAUCAAAAUAAUAUCUCCAAUGCUACUACUCCUUCAGAUAGUAGAUGCCCAGUCCCAGUAUCGUCUACCUCAAACAAUCAAGCCAAAACACUAUAAACUUGAGUUGGAAGUCGACCCAGAACAACCGAAUUUCAAUGGAAGAGUUACAAUUAUUCUAGAUGUCGUUAAAGAAGAUACGAAAGAGCUCCAACUGCAUGCUCCUAGUAAAGCCAUCAACAUCAGUAGGAUAACCUUAGGCCAGGACGACAUUUGCAAUUUCGUUCCCAGCAACAACAUCACCGAUAUCAUUCAAAUUUCUUGUCCGAAAAUUCUUACUACAGGAACACCGAUAAUCUUCGAGUAUGUCGGCAAAUUCACGAUUGAUGGGAUGUACGGAUUUUACAAGAGCACUUACGAUAAGCAAGUCCUUGUCGCUACUCAAUUCCAGCCGGUUCAUGCCAGGUCGGCUUUUCCAUGCUUCGAUGAACCCACAUUCAAGGCAAGGUUUGAUAUCACAAUCAUCCAUCCCAGCACUUUCAAUGUAUUGGCCAAUACUCCUGCCAAAAACACCACCAAAAUUGAUGGGAAUAAAAUAAUCACAACAUUCCAAACAACACCUAUGAUGUCGACCUACCUGGUUGCUUUCAUCGUUUCCCAUUUCGAACCAGCCCUCGUGAGUAAAGGAAAGUACAAUGUUUACGCGAGAAAAAGUGCUGAAGCCAACAUGGAAAUUGCGAAAAACUACGGAGAAAAAUUGGUAGAUCUGAUGAGUGAUUGGACGCAAAUAGAUUAUACAAGUCUGGGAAACCCACAAGUUUAUCAAGUAGCCAUUCCAGAUUUUGCAGCUGGUGCGAUGGAAAAUUGGGGACUGAUUACGUUCAGGGAAGUUGACCUUUUGGAUGAAGGAAAUAAAACCUCAAAUUCCGAUAAACAGAGAAUAAUCACGGUUAUGGCCCACGAAAUAAGUCACCAGUGGUUCGGUGAUUAUGUAACUCUUGACUGGUGGUCCAACACUUGGCUGAAUGAAGGAUUUGCAACAUAUUUCCAAUAUCAUCUAGCUAACUUGGUGGAUAAUGGAACUAUGGAAUUAGACAAACAAUUCGUUACUGGCGUACUUCAGAGCGUUCUUCAAGAUGACGCACUUCCUUCAUCUCUGCCUUUAUCCAGCCCAGAAAAAGAUAUCAAUUCUCCAGUGGAAAUCAAUAAUAAAUUCGAUGAUAUAAGCUACUAUAAGGGUGGAUGUAUAGUUCGUAUGAUGAAGUAUGUGCUAGGAGAAAGUGUCUUCCAGAAAGGUUUGAACUCAUAUUUACAGAAAAAUAAAUACAGAAAUACCAAUCCAAAAAUGCUACUCAAGUCUUUACAGAACGCCACUGGAGGUAGCAUUCCAAAUUUCAAAGACAAAAUGCAAAACUGGAUAUAUCAGCCAGGAUAUCCAAUUUUGACUGUGACGCAAAAGGAUGCCUCAACAGUAUCUAUCACACAGAAAAGAUUCUAUACAGACGCUACGACUGAGUGGUAUGUCCCAUUGAGUUACACAAACAAAAAAGAAAAAUUAUUCUCAGUAAAAAUCCAGGGGUGGCUUGAACCAAAUAAAACUUAUGAGAUAAAACACGAUAAGUCUGACUGGAUCAUUUUAAACGUAAUGCAGAGUGGAUUUUAUAAAGUAAACUAUGACGAACAACUCUGGGACAACAUAAUCGCAGCGCUGAAUGGUGCCGAUUCAAAAUCAAUCCAUGUUUUGAACAAAGCGCAGUUGAUAGACGAUAUUUUCACCAUUGCAAGAACAGGGGAGGUCGGAUAUGAUAGAGCUUUUAGAUUAAUUCAAUUUCUGAAGAACGAAACAGAUUAUUAUCCAUGGGUUGCAGGCUUUGGCGCUUUCAGGUAUCUGGUUGAGAAAGUGGACGCCCAAACGGAAAUCUUGUUGAAGAGCAUGAUUCUGGAUUUACUGAACAAUGCUUUUCCCGAAGAAACGAAAUUUAUCACGCACGUAGAUAAGUUGAAAGAGGAACUCCUCGAAAGUUGGGCUUGUAAAUUGGGACAAGAGAAGUGUCUGAAUAAUGCCAAAACUGCUUUCCAAGAAUACAAAAAAACUGGCAGAAAUCCUCCCACUAACAAACGGGAAACAGUAUUUUGCUAUGGGUUAAAAGCAAGUGAGAACAUUCGUGAGGAUUACAAUUAUUUGUUCAGCGUUUUUAAAAAUUCGACGUCAUCCAAUGAACAGAACGUCAUUCUAUCCUCUUUGGGAUGUAUUAAAAAUAAAGAUAUACUCAUGGAAUAUCUGGAGUUAACGAUCAAAGAGAACUCAACCAUCAGGCAACAGGACUUUGCUACAGUUUUCAGUGCUGUUUACUCCAGAAGCAGACUAGGAUUAGAUGUCGCCUUAUCAUUCUUGGAAAAACAUUUCAAAAAGAUAGAGACUUCUUAUGGCGGUGUGAAUGUUCUGAGUUCGUUGGUAACAGGUGUUGCAAGUAAAUUGACGACUAAAGAGCAGGGUAUAGUGCUCAAUAAAAUCAUGAAGGAUCACAAGGAAUCGGAACAAAUCAAAAUAAUUGUAAACAAAGUCGAGGAAUUGAUCUCUGGUAACGAAAGAUGGAAAACUCUGUAUGGCAAACAGAUCACGAAAAUUCUGCAGGACUUGGGAGGUAGUAGCGUACGAUGGUAUCCAAAUGUGGUAGUUUUGGUCAUUUCCGCCGUAAUAGUACUAAUUAACCUGUUUUAAAAUAGAUUUGUUACUAAACACUACUAUUAACUUUCGUCUGAAAUAGGACUAUAUGAACUGUGAUUAAAAAUCUACUGGUUCGAAAAGUUCAAACUAACAGUAUGACUGCUGGAGUACAAAUAUAUUUUCAUCAACGACAUUGUGAACAGGUUUUAGCAAAAAUAUAUUUUGAUACUAUUUUGAUGUUGAUGCGUUUCAGGAUACCAAAUAUUUGUUUUACCAUUUUAAUAAAUAAAAGUUUAAAAUAAUA